CAUUAACUGUGACGCAUAUCAAAACGCAGACAGAUAACCAGAUGGCAUAAGCCUUUCCAUUUUCAAUCACCAUCCUUCUUCAUACCCACUACCCCCUAUUCGGUACUUUUUGUAGAGUUUUAGCCUUUAGCAAUCUUCUUCCGAAGCUUUGGAACACAGCAAAAGGACUCUGCACUUGGUUAUAUAUCGUAAUUCUUGCAUUGGGGCUGGUUUUCCCGGCUAAAUUCUGCUCCAUCUUCUCCUUAAUUGCUUGGCUAGAUCAUGGAGGGUAUUAUUGUGAGAAGAGUAAUUCCCUCGGAUAAUAGUUGCCUCUUCAAUGCAAUAGGGUAUGUUAUGGAUCAUGAUAAAACUAAAGCUUCUGAGUUGAGACAGGUUAUAGCUGCAACAGUAGCAAGUGAUCCAGGGAAAUAUUCUGAAGCAUUUCUUGGAAAGCCAAAUGCAGACUAUUGUGCCUGGAUCCUUGACUCAGAGAAGUGGGGAGGUGCCAUUGAGCUCUCAAUAUUAGCAGAUUAUUAUGGACGUGAAAUUGCAGCAUAUGAUAUUCAAACGACACGAUGCGAUGUGUAUGGUCAGGAGAGAAAAUAUUCUGAAAGGGUCAUGCUGAUUUAUGAUGGUCUCCAUUACGAUGCAUUAGCUAUGUCUCCCUUUGAGGGUGCCCCUGAGGAGUUUGAUCAGACCAUAUUCGCUGUACAGAAAGACAGAAGCAUUGGACCUGUUGAGAGGCUUGCUCUUGAUUUUGUUAAGGACCAACAAAGGAAACGAAGCUAUACCGACACGGCCAGCUUCACACUCCGCUGCGGGAUAUGCCAAAUUGGCGUAGUUGGUCAGAAGGAGGCAGUGGAGCAUGCACAAGCAACUGGUCAUGUUAACUUUCAAGAGUAUAGAUGAUGAUGAAGAAGAUGAUGUAUAAUAGUUGCUCUUGUGGGAUACAAAUUCACAGAUAAUGACCUCACUUGAUUUGGCCUCUUCAUGUACUGUUGUAACUUAUGAAUGUGCAGUACCUGACUCGCCGCCAUAUUACUCUUUCCUGCAAACGUGUUAUUCAGAGCUCAUUGAAUUACAAAAUAAUGUGUUUUCCUCAUCCAAGGGGGAAAAGGUUGAAUUUGUGUGCGCUUUA